AUAGAUAUGAACUUUUUGCCAAAUUAAAAGGCCACCACCUCUGAGCCACCCCUACUGAAGGUGGCGGACGAUAGCGGGAGAGCGUUUCGCCGACGACUGGGGUGUGAACUGAGAACUUUUAGAGAUUAGAGAGACGAAGCAGAUAUAGAGACAGGGAAAAGGGGGAGAUGGGUCAGGGGCUGAGUUGUGCGGUGAAUCAGGAGAAUGGGUUGUUCGGAGCAGUGCAAGGUGGGAACUUGGAGAUUGUGAAGGUUAUGUUAGAGAGAGACCCGAGUCUCUUGCAUGAGAGUACCGUAUAUGAUCAUUACUCUGCUCUUCAUAUAGCUGCUGCUAAUGGUCAGAUCGAGAUUUUGUCUAUGCUAUUGGCACGAUCUGUGAAUCCAAAUGUGGUGAAUCGGCAGAAGCAGACUCCACUUAUGUUGGCAGCAAUGCGUGGGAAGAUCACCUGCGUGAAGAAGCUCAUCGAAGCAGGGGCAGAUAUCCUAAUGUUUGAUUCCGGUAACGAAAGAACCUGCUUGCACUAUGCUGCUUAUUAUGGUCAUUCUGAUUGCCUUCAAGCCAUUCUUUCUGCUGCACAGUCUAGCUCUGUUGCCGUCUCAUGGGGAUAUGCGAGGUUUGUGAAUAUUAGGGAUCGUAAGGGAGCGACCCCUUUGCACUUAGCUGCCCGUCAAAGGCAGCCUGAAUGUGUACAUAUCCUCUUAGACAAUGGUGCCCUUGUUUGUGCUUCAACGGGUAGAAAUGGCUUCCGAGGGAGCACUCCUCUUCAUCUGGCAGCUAGAGGGGGAUCUCUUGAUUGCAUCCGCAAGUUGCUGGCAUGGGGCGCAGAUCGGCGUCAACGAGAUGCAUCUGGGAGAAUACCAUAUGUAGUUGCUUUAAAGCACCACCAUGGAGAAUGUGCAGCCUUGCUCAAUCCUUCAUCAGCAGAGCCUCUUGUCUGGCCAUCACCUUUAAAGUUCAUCAGUGAGCUUAAUGAGGACGCAAAGGCACUAUUAGAACAGGCACUGAUGGAGGCUAAUCGGGAAAGGGAAAAUAAUAUCCUGAAGGGAUUUCCUUGCUCACUCUCCUCACCCUCACAUUCUGAUUCUGGGAUGGAUGACAGUAUUUCUAAGGCAAGCGAUACCGAGCUAUGUUGCAUAUGCUUUGAGCAGGUAUGUAACAUUGAAGUUCAGGACUGUGGCCAUCAGAUGUGUGCACAAUGUACUCUGGCCCUCUGUUGCCACAACAAACCCAACCCAACAAAUGCAUCAUUAACACCCCCACUAUGUCCCUUUUGCCGAGGCACCAUUGCCCGGUUGGUGGUGGCACCCAAGUUAAACACUGAAGAUGAUGCUGAUCACGACAUCAGUGACACUCAUUCCGCAAAAGUGAGAAAAGCGAAAAGGUCUAGAAACUUGAGUGAGGGAAGUAGCAGCUUCAAGGGCUUAUCUGCUGUAGGUUCAUUCAGCAAGAUGGCUGGUUGCGGCACUGGAAGGGUUGCUGCAGAAGAUGAAUUUGAUAAGCCUUGAUAUGCUUCACAAGACUCCCAAGCACUGUCAGUGAAGGAUCCUGUUCCUGUUGUCGAAAAGAGGAUGAAUCAUCAAGCAAUUAAUCACCGUAGUCAGCCUUUCGGUUGGAAUAUGUAGGUAGAAACUCCAUUUCAUAUUUAGACUGGGGGAAUAAGCAAAAGAAGUUGCAAGGUUGCGUGGGUCAUAUUGUUUGUAAUAUUUUUCUCAACUUGAGGUUGAGGUAGCAUUGGUCUUCAUCUGUCUAAUACCUAAACUGGUAUUCGAGUGAGACAAGAGAAAGAAGAAAAAGAAAUUCUUUUUGUUCUAAAUAGUAAAAUUGAAAUUCUUGA